AUGAGCAGUGCUACCUGGCGCAACGUCUUCACGUACAACAAGUACACCCAGAUCGCCGCGCGCGCCCUCCGUUCCUCCCUCAAGGAGGAGGAACGUGUAAUUGCCGAGAAGCGCGGCCUCACCCUCCUCAGGUACCAGCGCUGGGAGAACGGCCACGGCGGCCCUCAGACCUUCCUCGUCCCUCCCGCCGACGAAGGCGCGCCGAAGAAGUCUGCAGCUGUAUAG